GUUGUCUCACUUGAAGAUUAUGGCGACCGUCAGCUUGAUAAGCGCAAUAGCUCAGACUAUUGGAAUCCAAACUGUACUAUUGUGGCGUUUAACAAAACGGAUUUCAAGCAGCUUCCCAACGGAUCCAUCUAUUCGAGUCAUCACAGGAAGACUUACAAUAACAACACCUACAAAUUUAUUGACGAUAAACUACUGUUAUGUGUAAAUCUUUCGAGGAACUUUACUGGUACAGAUUUGAAGCGCGAUUAUCAGUGGACUGAGAUCACUAGAGCCACGCCAACAUCACUGCAGCUUUUCGCUUUUAUUGGAUCCAUACUGUCGAUGGUCUCUCUAAUUCUUCUGCUUUUGACAUACAUCAUGUUUACUGAGCUCCGCAACCUAACUGGGAAAAUCAUUAUAAACUUGGCCAUCUCUCUUCUGCUGCAUCAGAGUUGUUUCUUUGCAGGAGGAGAGAUCAAAGAUCCCGAGACGUGUAUGUCAGUUGCAGUUUUACUCCAUUUCUUUGUUCUCUCUUCUUUUACUUGGAUGAGCGUAAAGGCUUAUGAUGUGCAUCGGAUUUUUGCUCCGUUAAUUCGCUGUGAGUGGAAGAGCUCUAGAGUUGUGCAGAGUUAAACUGAACAAAUCGAUAAAGAAACCGCCAGCAUUGAACCGAGACCAGAUGCAUUCCAACUGUACUCUGCAGUCCACUGCCAAUGUAACUUGUGAUUAUCAAGAUAAACGAGAUACUUACAUCUAAAAAAAGAGCAAAGAAACU